AUGUACGACACAUACACCCUGACUGGCUUUCUGGACGUUAUGUCUGAGGGGAGUUCUUAUACCACUACGAAGAUAGUUAUGAGGCUGGUGCGACUCGUAGUGAUAUCUGGACUGGCGAUGUCAGAGCCAAAUCCUCCGAUGUUCAUAUCAAUCAACUUCAAGGCGUUAGUAUCUACGUCUUCUUCCUCUGCUCCUAAUACUAAGGUCUUGCUGUCAGUUUAUAUUAGCUCUCUUGUCGCCAACUCUUUUUACCGGGCUCAACUCUCGAAAGGACAGACGAAAUGGUACACCAUUAACAUUCCCUUGAAUUGA